UCGCCUAUUUGCUAAACCCCAACGUCAUUUUUCAUCCCAAAAUUCAAAACCCCAGCAUUUCCGCCAUUUCGUGCCACACUAGUCGCCAUUUCCGCCAUGUCCACAACGAAAAUGAACAACAGCACCGCAAAAUCAUGCCCUUACACCGUAACCGUUCGCCGGAACCCUCCCCGGAGAGCUCGUGCUACUCCUUCCCACGGAAUCACACCGUUUCCCAACGAAGAAAUUUUGUCCGAGCAAAUAUCAAAAUUUCCAGCAGCAACAUCAGAGGAUGAUGAGAUUCCUAAAAAUCCAUCAACAUCCGAGAAUGAGAAUCCGAUCAAUCCAACUCCAUCGGAGAACGAGAAUCUGAAGGUAUUUCUCAGAAUCCGUCCGUCUCAACCUCCAAAUCAAGCUCCGCGCGUGAGAGCCAAAACCGCGUGGCCGAAAAAUCAAACUAAAAACGUAACUAACAAUUUGAAGAAGAAAAGCUCCUCUUCGUGUAUAUCCAUUAACGAUUCACAGUCAGUGACAUUAUUAGUUCCUUCGGAUUUGCAAGACGCGAAGAGAGUGAAAUCAGAAACAUACGGUGGUUUCACUCACGUUUUCCCUUCCGAUUCAUCUCAGUUGGAAGUUUACGAGAGAAUGGUGAAACCUAUGGCGGAGGAGUUUACCAAGGGUAAAAGUGGAAUGCUGGCAGCAUUAGGUCCCAGUGGGUCUGGGAAGACUCAUACUGUUUUCGGAACCCCGAGGGACCCUGGAAUGGUACCUCUUGUCCUAGGCCAUAUUUUCAAGGAGACCGAGGCUUCUAGAUCCUAUUACAUAGCUAUAUUCGAGAUAUAUACUGAACGAGGAAAAUCAGAAAAACUGUUUGAUUUAUUACCAGAUGGCAGUGAACUAAGUAUGCAGCAAUCCACCAUAAAAGGCCAGAAAGAGGUUCUCAUCUCUAAUGCUGAACAGGCAGAAUCCUUGAUAGCACAAGCUGUGAUAAAACGUGCAACUGCAAUGACAAAUACCAACAGUCAGUCGAGCCGGUCACAAUGCAUCAUAAACAUUCGCGACGGUCCUAAAAAAGGUAAAGGAGUGGUCAAUUCUAAGUCAAACAAUGCUGUUUUGACUAUCAUUGACCUUGCUGGAGCUGAAAGAGAAAAAAGAACAGGAAAUCAGGGGACAAGAUUGGUUGAAAGCAAUUUUAUCAACAACACGUUGAUGGUGUUUGGCUUAUGUUUAAGAUCUUUAUUGGAGCACCAAAAAAAUCCCAAGAAACAAUUGCAGAAGCACUUCCAAAAUUCUAUGUUAACAAGGUAUCUGCGAGACUAUUUGGAGGGCAAGAAGCGCAUGACCUUGCUUUUAACAGCCAAGUCGGGAGAGGAUGAUUAUCUUGAUACAUCUCACCUACUUAGACAAGCUUCUCCUUACAUGCAAAUCAAGUAUAAUGAAGUUGAACCAUCAAUAAAUAUGGUUCCAAAAAAAAGGAAUCACCAAGCUUCUUCCAUAAUUGAUAGUGCAAAACAAUCACCUUCAUUAGCACAUUUAAAGAGGAUGAAACUCGUUAGUGAACAUACUGUGCAGGCUGGAAAGGGUGUUGAAGAAUGUCACACUUCGAAGAAAGUGUCUAAAUUCGAUGCUAGCAGUUCUGUCCCUGAAAAGGGUGUUGAAGAAUGUAACACUUCGAAGAAAGAUACUUCAACAGUGUCUAAAUUCAAUGCUAGCAGUUCUAUCCCUGAAAAGGGUGUUGAAGAAUGCAACACUUCGAAGAAAGAUACUUCAGUGUCUAAAUUCGAUGCUAGCUGUGCUGUCCCUGAAAAGGGUGUUGAAGAAUGUAACACUUCAAAGAAAGAUGCUUCAACAGUGUCUAAAUUCGAUGCUAGCAGUUCUGUCACUUUAAAGUCAGAGUGCAAUAGCCAUGUCGGAAGCGAGAGAAAUCACAUUAUAAUGAGGAAUUUUGCAAGAGUUAUAUGGAAUGUAUUGAAGCAAUACAAUUCCAAAAUUAAGGUUGCGGAAAGUGAAAUACUCAGUCUCAAAGAAAGCAUAGGAUAUGAAAAGGAAAGAAAUCUAGAGUUGGAAACGCAGCUGAAUGCCUUCAGGGCUGCCUGUACUUGUUGCAAAGGAGGAAAUGAAAAAACCAAUAUUGAAGAUGGUUCAUUAGUUGAUCUUGAUCACUUGCAUGAUUUGGACCAAGAGGAAACCUUUGAGGCAGAGUCACCAUCUGAGCCUAGAAUCGACCUAUCAGAUGAAGAGCAUAUACUGGGUACUACUAGUACAAUGUUUGAUUCUAAAAAAUCAGAAAGGAAAGUUUCAGUCUCCUCGUCAAAGUCGGGGCAUCAUAAUGCUUUGGAGGCUGAUGACGAGAGCAAGGAUACAUUUCAUGCGCAACCUUCUUCUGAGCCUAUACUUAAUGUGUCCAAUGAAGAGCCUACUGUUUUUUCUGAGCCUAUACUUAAUGUGUCCAAUGAAGAGCCUAUUGUUUCUUCCCACACACUGUUAGAUUCUGAAAAAUCAGAUAGGGAAGUCUCUGUUUCAUGGUCAAUGCCUGUGUGUCAUAACGAUUUGGAAGUAGAUGCUAUGUGCAAGAUAUCUAGCGAAAUAUUUCAUUCAGAGUCAUCACCUGAGCCGUCUAAUGAAGAGCAUAUGCUUGGUUCUAGCUGCACGGUGUUAGAACCUGAAAAAUCAGAUAGGGAAGUCUCAGAAUCAUUAUCAAACUCAGGAAUUCAUGAGGCUUUUGAAGUUAAUGCUGUGAGGACCGUACCUAAUGAAACAUUAAAUGCAGAGUCACCAUCUAAGUCUAGAAUUGACCAGUUGGGUGAAGAACAUAUGCUUGGUUCUACCUGUACGAAGUUAGACUCUGAAAUACCAGAUAGGGAAGUCUCAGUCUCUUCAUCAAAGCCUGGGCAUGGUAAUUCUUUGGAGGUUGACGCUGAAACGCUAAAUGCAGAGUCACCAUCUAAGCCUAGAAUUGACCAGUUGGGUGAAGAACACAUGCUUGGUUCUACCUGUACGAAGUUAGACUCUGAAAUACCAGAUAGGGAAGUCUCGGUCUCUUUAUCAAAGCCUGGGGAUGAUAAUUCUUUGGAGGUUGACGCUGAAACAUUAAAUUCAGAGUCACCAUCUAAGUCGAGAAUUGACCAGUUGGGUGAAGAACAUAUGCUUGGUUCUACCUGUACGAAAUUAGACUCUGAAAUACCAGAUAGGGAAAUCUCAGUCUCUUCAUCAAAGCAUGGGCAUGAUAAUUCUUUGGAGGUUGACACUGAAAUGUUAAAUGCAAAGUCACCAUCUAAGCCAAUAAUUGACCCGUUGAGUGAAGAACGUAUGCUUGAUUCUACUUGUACGGAGUUAGACUCUGAAAUACCAGAUAGGGAAGUCUCAAUCUCUUCAUCAAAGCCUGGGCUUGAUAAUUCUUUGGAGGUUGACGCUGAAACAUUUCACGCACAGACAUCAUCUGAGCCCAUGACUGGUCCUGGCAGACAGUUGCAUAUGGAAAAUUCAAAUAGUUUAGUCUUGGAUGUUUUGGCCUCCUCAUCAAAACCAGAGGAUCAUAAGGAUUUGGUAGUUGAAGCUAAGAGCAAGAUACCGAGUGAAUUGUUAGAUUCUUCGCUGUCAACAAAAGAUGGUAUUUUGGAUCCUUCAUUGCCCAAAGAUGUCUCAUCUACCGAAACCCAGAAAGAUAAAGUAGUCAGUAACUCCUGCAAGCCGCCUAGGUCGAAAAGGACACUUAUGCCUUCCUCAUCCAUUUUAUCAAGAAACUUGAGCACCUUUGAUCUUUUUGACGAAUCCGAGAAAUCAAAGGAGAACAGGGGCACACGGAAGCUGGGUGCACGUGAUGAUCCUAAAAGAUCAAAUGGAAGCAUCUCUCUGCUCCACAUGCUCCAUGGUGCUCCACAUGCUCCAUGGUAGAAAAGGAAAUAUUCGUCACUAGAGUAGCCACCAAACCCUUUUUGUAGAAAAUGCUUGGGACAAGGGAUAGUCUUGAUUUGGUCUGCGGUUGGUGAAGAGACAUUACAAUUUUUGGAAUAUCUUAUGCCUUAUAGUUAUAAGCUUUGGUUAUUUGAACUAAAUACUUACUGCAAACAUUUGCUUACUUAUUUGUAAGUAAUGCUGCAGUUGUAGUGGCAUAGCAGAAAUGUUGCAACUGUAAUUUUUUGAAUUAAUUAGUUACUGCUAACAAAAAGUGUUGCAACUGUAGAUGUAUAUAUAUUAUACACACGACCUCCAAACCUAGAGAAAUGAAAUCUUACUCUUUCUAUUUGUUA